UUGAGGUAAUUCGAUGUCAAGAAAAAUUAUUUGUGUUAGUGAUUGGUCUAUAGUUAAUAAUUUUUCUUUAUUAAUUUUAGAAACACAUUUAAAUAUUUAAAUAAUGCAGAGUUUUGUAAAGAAUACUAUCAUGAUAGUAUUUAAUAAAUAUGGUUUUAGUGUGAAAGUGUAAACAACUAAUUGUGUCAAUAUUGCUGAACAGUUAUAUACUUUUUCAAGUAAAUAAUCAUAUCCAAUAGUCCAUCAGCAAAAAAAUUGGGAUUCUUACAUCUUUAAUAAUAUGAAGGAUCAAUUAGCUCGAACACUUUUUGUUUUUAGCAGUUUUGCUUUCGUUUGUAAUAACAUUAUAGAAGUAUGGUCGUUAAAAUGUAAAUGUGAUAUAUGUAAAACUACAAAUUACACCUGUGAAACAGACGGUUACUGUUUUACAUCGGCAUUUAUCAAGUUUGGAGUUCUGCAAUACAAUUACAGUGUAAUUCAUAAGUAAGGGAAAACAAUUAAGAGCCGAUGGAACAUCGAAAAUUUAAUAAAGU